AUGGUCUUUCCAGCAGGGGUCCGUGUUCGUCCCUCGCUGGCGCCGCGUCGCGAGGUGCUCUUCUACAUCGUGGCCACGAUCCACUGCACGCUGUGCCCGCUGGCCGUGGUGUCGCAGACGCCGCCCGCCGACGAGCACUGGAUGUUGCUGACCAGGCCCUUUCUGGUGGGCAAGGCCGCGCGCGUGCACCGGUUCCUGUCCGCGCCGGCGCACCGCUGCGCGCUCGAGGCCGAGCUCGCCGCCGCGCGCCACUACUACACGCACUGCUGCGCCGCCGACGACGCCCGCGGCUGGCACCCGCCGCCGGGCCUGCUGACCGCCGAGCAGCGCGCCGCCCACCUGCGGAACCCGCUGGUCGGCUUGUUUCCCUACACGGCGCACGGGCUGCUCGACUGCGUCGCGCGCCGCGGCGACGACACCGAGUGCGGCGCCACAUCGGCCACAGCCACCCGCUACUGGAGCCCCCUGCACCCGGACACCUCGUAUGAGUACGCCUCCAUGGCCCAUGACGCAAUCGUCUUUGACAUGACGGACCUUGACGACAUUCGGUAUGCCGUGCUUGCGGCCGUGCCCGCGCCGCCCGGCAUUCCGCCGGGGCUUUCCGUGCAUGGGCGUAUUUGUGAGCAGUUUUACAUGCACGCAUACGCUUCGCUCGGGGUUGUGUAUAUCGGGGGCGCCACUCCUAUACCGGUUGCUGCGGUCGAGACCUUUGAGAAGCUGAAGUAUAUCGAGCCAGCCCUCGUUUCGCAAAUGCUCUGGGGCCCACGAACCCUGAACCUACUGGACGAGGAGCCGCCUUCCACGUCGCUCGCCGACGUGGCCCUGCGGAACCUGGUGCUCGCCGCCGGCGACAGAGCCGGGCUCGACAUGGCCGCCGGCGCCCUCGAGGCAUGCCGGGACACGAUGCCGUACUUUUGCCGCAGCCUGCAGCGCAGCCUCGCGCAGCACGCGCAGCCCGACUUCCCGCCGCAGGCGCUCGGCACGCUCAUGGCGCAGGCGUUUGCAGGCGAGCAGCACUUGCGGCUGUACGAGGCGGCGUACGUGCGCUGCGAGGCGCUGGCCGUCGCGCUGGAGCACGAGAGCGUGCGCCGUGGCGUCACCAUGCUGAGCUUGGCGAGCGAUGCGCUACGCGGCGGCGGCGCGGAUCUGGCGCGGCUGGCGCGCGCGCUGCACGGCCUGCCGGCGCUGACGAGGGUGUUUGUGGGCGACUUCCGUGGCGUUCCGACUGAGGAUAGCAGGCGCGAGGCGGCGAGGCUGCAGCGUAGGCUAAAUAGGGCGGUUAAGGAUUUGGGCGGCUGGGCGAUGCGAGAUAAGAUGUUUUAUAGCAGUGGCUAUGCUGCGUGUCUCGCGGGGCAGUUCAUCUGCCAUCAGUUGUUGGAUUCAAGAAUGAGCGGGGGGGACUGA